GACGAUUUUCAACACAGAUCGUCUUUGAAAAUGCUGGGGAAGAUCGCCGUUGUCCUAUCCGUCCUGGCCCUGGCCGGGGCACAACUGCCCAAUCUGGGCUGGUGUCCGGAAUACGUCCCAAUGGCCAAUUUCGACAUGAGCAGGUUUUUGGGAACCUGGUACGAAGCAGAGAGGUACUUUCAACUGUCUGAAAUUGUUUCUCGUUGUGUAAUGGCCAACUACACAAAAGGAAAUGAUGGAAGGUUCCGCGUGAGCAAUGAAGUGAUCAACAGAUUUACUGGAGUCAAAAGAGUACUUGAUGGAGAAAUUAAAGCAGCUGCAUCGAAAGCUGACGAAGGAAAACUUCAUGUGAGAUAUACAACUUUGCCACUGACACCAGAGACUCAAUACUCAGUUUUGGAAACUGAUUACAAAACUUACGCUGUUUUGUGGAGUUGUUCAGGAUUUGGUCCAGUCCAUACUCAAAAUGCUUGGAUUAUGACCAGGCAGCGUCUUGCACCUGGAGAAGUCCUACAAAAGGCCUAUGGUGUUCUGGAUAAAUACAAGAUCUCAAAGACUUUCUUUGUGAAGACAGACCAGGAUGAUUGUGUCCUUUUGUCUGGUUUACCAUCUAAUCCUCCUGUCGAAGAACCUCAGAAUGACCAACCUGAAGAAGAAUCUGGUGAACAAGCCAGAAAUGUAGAAAAGUCCGACCUUAAAGCCGCAGUUCCAGUGGUUCCAACUGUUCCAGAAGUUCAAGCAGUUCCAGUAGUGCCACCAGUAAUUCUAAAAUCUGCAGUAGUUUCUGAUGAUGUACCAGAAGUACCAAAAGUACCAGAAGUGCCAGCACCAGAAGUGGCGAAACCAGAAGUGCGAGAACCAGAAGUGGCCAAACCAGAAGUGGCAGAACCAGAAGUGGCAAAAACCGAAGUGGCGAAACCAGAAGUGGCCAAACCAGUUGUACCGGCUCAACCUAUCAAAGAAGCUCCAGCAGUAACAGCAACUGUCCCAGAAUUGAUCAUGAAGGUUGCAGAUCAGGCGAAGGAAGUCGUUCAGGAAGCUAUCAAGAAAAUCAAAGGAGCACCCAAAGAAGUUCCUAAAAAGGCAGAAAUUGUUGCCGAGGCUGAAAAAAUUGCUGCAUGAUCUCAAAAAAUAGUUGAAUGUGAAUUGAAAGAGUGAUAUGAAACAUAAUAGUUAAGUAUAGUGCCAGAACUAUUAUUUAUUUAUUUGCAAUCUGAGCAUCUUUCUUUUCGUCAAGGAAAGUUUUUUGGAUGCGAAAAAAGAAGACAAAUGUACAAAUGAAAAAGAAAAAAAAUGAAUGAAAAAAAUCAAUGAAUAAAUUGUUACAUAAAAUGUUAA